GAUGAUGCAAACACCUCCUUGACAUCCCAAACCUUGAACGCUGAUGGUACGCCUAAGUGUCCCAUGAAUGCAUUCAUGAUUUUUGCUCGCAGGAGACGACCCCAAGUCUCCGCAGAAAAUCAAACAAUGCGAACAGGGGAUGUCCACAAAAUCUUAAGUCGAGAAUGGAAUGCUAUAGAACUGUCAGACAAGCAAUCUUACCUUGAUCAAGCUAAACACCUCGAGAAUAAUUUCAAUCUCAAGUACCCGGAUUACGUUUACAGACAGAGACCGAAUAAUAGCAGUAAAAAACGAAGAGCAGACUCCACAGGUGCUGCUGCAGACUCUGCUUCUGCCAUGGACCCAGCCAGCGACCAGUCUUCCAAUCCAGAGUAUGGCGAGAUAUCUCCUGUCGACUACCAUCAUGAUUCUCAAGAAAGAUAUGAGAGCAGUGGACCAGACGUCCGUGCAUCUGCAGAAGCUACAUAUGAUGCUUCCUACUUGUCUCCAGCGCAAGCAUUGAGUUACCAACUGGCUGAUUCUUCGCAAUAUCAUGCGUAUGGUGAAAGUGAUAGACAGGCGUCAUACUUACCUUCUCAUGGGCGCGCCAUGCCUGACGUCAUUAUGGGACCGUCCACAUCCACAUCUCGUGGAUCAACUAGUGCUGCUUAUUUCCCCCCCUUCAUGCCCAAUGCACCCCAUGCCCCGUCCGCUUCUUACUUCCCCAGUCAGAGUGGAAGCGAAGGGCAGGGGCACCCCUCCAGUCGCUCCAGUCGAGACGACAUAGGACGCACAUCCGUCCAAUUUUGGUCACAGAGUGGUUCAGAAUCGUCUCCACACGCUGGAGACGAUAGGCACCAUCAGUACCAAUUAGUUCAGGCAUCACCAGCAUCAUGGGGUGCUAGCAACUCGCGGCCACUAGCUUCGAAUAAUCCAUUGGUUCAUUCCCCGGGCUAUCGUUUUUCGAUGCUAAACUCUCCUUUCGAUCUGUCUCAGAACAGUUCCCAUAGCGUCUAUUCAGCCCAACAGUCCCAAAUUUCAGACGUUUCUCAUCACUACUAG